CUGUAGAUUUAAGUGGGUUUUUUUUGUUUAAAUGUCUUUUCACGUCGAGCAAGAGACGUCAUUUUCUAUGCACAUCGUGAAAAGCAAAGUUUUGAAUUUAGCAUUAGCUUCGACUGGAAAAGGGUGGAGGGUCACUUGGUGACGGGAUUUCACUUUACCUAUUGAUAGUUUUUAUUUUUUCAACUUGAAAAUAUCUUGACGUUUCAACUUUUGCUGCUUGAUUAUGCACGUUAUGGUGAUUUAAGAUUCAUCAUUCCCCGAUUUCUAUACGCACUGCCUACUGUCACGAACGGCUGAUUACGUCGGCUAUUUAAAUCGGCAUAAGAUAUUCAUCGCACCCUUCCCUCCAUCUGCUCCGUGACAGCACUCAAACUGUCAGAAAUAGACGUUUUACUACGAAUUGCCGAACGUAGAAAAAUAAAGUUUUGAUAGCAUCCAAUUCGGAAAGAUUUGUUUUAGCCUGAAAUUGAAUGACGCUUGUUUUUGACACUUCUGCAUGGGACUUGCAUCAACUUUACCAAAAAUGAAUAAAUUUGAUGGCACCUGUCAUUAUGAUGGAUUAUUAUUGGAAUUGUGUCCCCCUACCCUCUGGGUUGGCUGACAAUGGCGUGAUGUGAACAAAUUUCUCGGUAUUUGUACUCGAAAGUAAUUACUAGAUUACCUUAAUGACACGACACAUGUCGUGUUAAAGUGGAGAGAGAAACAAUUGAAUUCAAUAUUCUCCAAUGAAAGCGGCUUGCUACUGGGCUUUCGUCGUAUUUACCAUUAAAAGAAAAAAAGAAAUUCAAAGAAAAUGUCCAUCAACAUCGGCAUCUGAAGUGACCUUUGCAAUUUGAUGGAUACCUGUCGUUCAGGUUGACAAAAAACCAGUAUAAAAAUGGAGUUGAAUUCCACUAGAAUCAUCACAACAAUCUCAGCUGUUUCAGCUUCAACACGUCAACAACAUUGUCUGCUAACGUCAACAAAAAUGAAGGUGAUUUUCUUACUUAUCGCUACGAUCGCCAUCGUCCAUGCCAACGACGACUCAACGUCGAUGGAACGCAGCAAAUUGUCAAAAUUCUUCUUCCCUUCCAAGACGGAUAAAGAUGAUUACGAAAACAGCUACAACGCACCAAUGAAACCGAUGAAGAAGCCGAUGAAGCCCUUCACGAAACCCAUGAAACGGCCUUACAAACGCCCUGGUUACAACAACUACAACAAAGUGACCAAGACUACCACAAUUCCACCACUACCAUCACUACCACCAAUUAACAUCAUUAUGAAUUUACCUGCUGUACCUGCUGUGGCUGCUACCACUCCAGUGCCGAGCACGACGCAGUACGCUUACGGCUAUCCGUACACAACGCCAUCAGCGUAUCCAGCUCCAUCUUAUGCUGCUCCAGCUCCAUCUUAUGCUGCUCCAGCUCCAUCUUAUCCAGCACCAGCUCCAUCAUAUCCAGCACCAGCUCCAUCAUAUCCAGCAUCCAGCUCCAUCGUAUUCCAGCAUCUGCUGUGUACGGUGGCACAGUCCUAGCAGCAAUUCCAGCACAACAACCUGUUCCUCUGCCGCCAUCUUACUGAUCUUUUGACGCUUUAUUUCUUGUCUAAAUCGAUUAUCGUGAAAAUAAUUUAAUUCUUAUUUAGCUAGUUAAUCACGAAAUAAAAAUGAUUUUCUUUGACAAGUAA